AACAACCGUUAUGAAGAGGCAAGUCGUUCGCCCGCCGCCGUCUCCGUCUGUCUCUUUAACUCAACGGUUCGUCGGCACUCUCGUCAAUCGUGUCGAAGCCACCAGGAAGUGAAGACAUUUUUGCAGCUGUUUUCUUCGAAACAAUUUGAUAGCUAAUUCCCAGUCAAAAUGCCGGCUAAAGCAGUUUGUGUUCUGAGCGGCGAUGUCAAGGGCACCAUCUUUUUCCAGCAAAAUGGAGAUUCGGAUCCGGUGAAGGUUACUGGCGAAGUGACCGGACUGAAGCCGGGCAACCAUGGAUUCCACAUCCACGAGUUCGGUGACAACACCAACGGAUGCACCUCGGCUGGACCGCACUUCAACCCGCACGGCAAGGAGCACGGUGGCCCCGAUGCCGCCGAAAGACACGCCGGAGACUUGGGCAACGUUGUCGCCGAUGGCAGCGGAGUCGCCAAGGUCGAUAUCUCCGACAGUCAGAUUUCCUUGUCCGGACCGCUGAGCAUCCUGGGACGCACUGUGGUCGUGCAUGCCGAUCCUGAUGAUUUGGGCCUGGGUGGACACGAAUUGAGCAAGUCUACCGGAAACGCCGGUGCUCGUCUGGCUUGCGGUGUCAUUGGGAUUUGCAAAGCAUAAACCUUCCAAACUGUAACGGUUACGGAAGAGUUCCACAGAAAACAUUCGAACGGGAUUCGAGUUGCAUCCUCGUACUAACCUAAAACCUUCCCUUGGGAAAUGGAACCUGUGUCCUUAAAAAAACGUCGAUUUGAUAGACGGAAAGUCCCUUAGUUGUAUCCAUAUGUUCUAUGAACAAAUUGUCUACUGUUUUGUCUGGUCUGAAUAAAGUCAAAAGUUCAUUACUCAUGA